AUGUCCAGUGUUCUGCAGAAAAUUUUUAUAGAAUCACUACCAUCAAAAGUGUAUUAUAGAACAAAUUUUGAGUCAAAUUUCGAUUAUUGCUCACCGUUUAAUGAAAAUAAUAACUUUAAAGAAAAAAGAGCUGGGUUAAAUAAUUAUGAAAAAAUAAAAAGUAUUGAAGAUAAGCUUACGAAGACUUUAUGUCAUGUAGCUUUUACUGAUGAUGGCGUUAAGUGUAAAGAACAAUGCCGUUUUUUGUACUAUUGGUUAGGCAAUGAAUUAUUAUUAAGUAACAUAGAGGAAAAAUCAUUUUCAGAAGUUAUUGAAAUACUUAGUAAUGUUUCAAAUGUUCUUUAUCAGCGUUAUAAAUGCAAUUGUACUUUUUUUAAAGGUAUUAGUAAGGAGAAUUUUGAAAAAAUGAAGAUUGUGUAUGAUUAUUGUAAUGAUCAUGAUAGCAUUGAGAGUACACUUAAAGAAUAUAAUAAUAUGUGUGACAGUGAAUUUAAUACUUAUCUUGUUAAAGCUGAAACUACUUAUAAUGAAAUAUACAACUGUGCAAAAACAUAUUUUGCAUCAUAUUGUGUACAACUUAAAUCAUAUAUUCCUAGUUGUUUUGAAAACAAGUUAUCUCCUUUGACAUGUAAAAUAAUGGAAGUGUCCCCAGAAGAUCAAGGUUCAAUCCGUUAUGGCACUACUAAUAUUGAUCCAGAAUAUGUAAUUAAAGGAUAUACCUUUAGUUCAUCUCAAAUUCUCCUGUUUUUUGUCCUACCAUUUAUUGGCAUUUUCUUCAUUGGAAUAUUCCUAUAUAAAUUUACUCCAAUUGUAUCAUGGAUAAAUACUAAAGUAUUAAAGAAUAAAUCAAUUAGGCGUAAUUUGGAUUAUAUGGAUACACUAGAAUUAACACAACACACAUAUGAAGAAAGAAAAUCAAAUUUAGGUAGAAGACAACUAAAUGUAGCAUACCAUGCCGCAUGA